AAAUAAAAGAAAAAAUCAACUAAAUUACUUCUUUUUCCAGAUACGCACACACUCACAUCUCUCUCUUUUAGCCCUUCGUCUUCUCUGAGAUUUUAGGGUUUCGAUUUCCAUUCUUCUUCUGCAAAUUCGAGUUCUUCUGUUGUUUCAAUGGAGUUCGAUGGUGGUCGAAAACGAGGAAGGCCACAUGGACCUAUGAAUGGCAAUGGUGGAUUCAAGAAAUCUAAGCAAGAACUGGAGUCAAUUCCAACUGGUAUAGGAAGCAAAUCGAAGCCGUGCACUAAAUUUUUCAGUUUUUCGGGAUGUCCAUUUGGUGAAGGAUGCCACUUCUUGCAUUAUGUGCCUGGAGGCCUUAAAGCUGUGACUCAGAUGCUUGGUAGCAACCCAGCGCUUCCAGCAGCUCCUAGGAAUUCAAUAGCUCCACCAUCUUUCCCUGAUGGAUCAUCUUCUCCAGCUAUUAAGACUCGUCUAUGCACCAAAUUCAACACUGCUGAAGGUUGCAAAUUUGGUGACAAAUGUCGUUUUGCACACGGGGAUUGGGAGCUUGGCAGGCCAGCAGCUCCAUUGCAUGAGGAGUCCCAUGGUAUGUUCCAGAUGCAUGGAAGGUAUGGUAGUCGACCAGAGACCAAUCCUGCUGGCCUUGGAGCAGCUGCCAGCUUUGGGUCCUCUGCGACUGCUAAGAUUAGUGUAGAUGCCUCUCUUGCUGGACGUAUUAUUGGGAAAGGUGGCGUCAACUCAAAGCAAAUCUGUCAUAUGACCGGAGCGAAAUUCUCCAUUAGGGAUCAUGAGUCAGAUCCUAACUUGAGGAACAUAGAACUUGAAGGUACAAUUGAUCAGAUUGAACAAGCCAGUCGAAUGGUUCGUGAGCUUAUUCAGAGUGUUACAACAUCAGCAGGACCCCCGAUGAAGAACACCAGCUCAUCCGUAACAAGUAACUAUAAAACAAAAAUUUGUGAGAACUUCACCAAGAGUUCGUGCACUUUUGGAGAGAAGUGCCACUUUGCACAUGGAGCAGAAGAAUUGCGCAAGUCAGGUCUGUGAGCUUUGCUGUAUUUUACUGUUAGGGAGCAUAUCUCCCCCUAUGGCUGUUAUCUCUUUUUCUUUGGGUUUGUGAAAAUAGUAGAUAAGGUGUUUUUGCCAUUAGAAUAUCUCGGUUUUGAGGCAUUUAUUUGUUGAGAUCCUUAAUGUGCUCGAUAUCUCUCUUGGGUUCGUUAUUUAUCAUGUUUGCUGUUCCUUUGAUCAUAACCUAUCUAC